AUGCCUCGGCCCUCCCUCGAGAAUAAUGCAGGCACUCAUCCGGGCUUACAUACGUACGAAGUAAUCGUAAUAGGAGCCGGAAUCUGCGGCCUCUCAUCCGCAAAAUCCUACCUCCACUGCUCCCCAAACACCUCCCUCCUCAUCCUCGACGACCACAAAACGCUAGGCGGCGUCUGGUCCCAAGAAAACAUCUACCCGGCCCUACGCACCAACAACCAUCGCGGAACCUUCGAACUCCCGGAUUUUCCCUUUUCGGACAAGUAUGGAAUCCCACCCGGCGCGCACCCGACGGGGGCGGCGAUGCAUCAGUAUUUUUGCGAUUACGCGGAAAAGUUUGGGUUGGUGAGGUGUUUGCGGUUAGAGACGCGAGUGACGGCGGUGGAAAAAGGGCAAGGCGGGUGGAGGGUGAGUGUGGAGAGUAGUAGUACUGCGGGGGGAAAAUAUGAGGUUUUCACGGAGAAAUUGAUUAUAGCCGUGGGGUUGACGUCCAAACCGUUGAAAAUGACAGUACGCGGUCAAGAUUCGUAUGGAGCGCCGCAUCUCCACGCGGGGAGUUUGGCGCGAGAAGUUCCGGAGUUGGUGGAGGAGGGGAAGGUGGAACGGGUGACGGUGUAUGGAGGGUCGAAGUUUGCGUGGGACAGUGUGUAUGCGUUUGCUUCGCGGGGGAAGGAGGUGGAUUGGGUGAUUGCGAAAUCCGGGCAUGGGUCGACGUGGAUUCUCAAUGUGACGAUGGUUUUACCGAUAUUUGGGACGAUCUGGGCGGAACGGUUGGUUACCACGCGGUUUAUUGACUGGUUUUCACCGAGUGUGUUUGGGGGGUUGGAUGGGAGUGGGUGGUGGAGAUGGAUCCUGCAUAGCACGAGGGUUGGUCGGAAAAUCGUGGCUGGGUUCUGGAAGACAGUGCAAAAGGACAUGUUGGAGCAAAGUGGGUUCAACGCUCAUCCCAGCCUCGAGAAGGUGAAACCCGAUUGCGAACUGUUCGAUAUCGCUACGAGCUUCUCCACGCUCAACUAUCCCACUAACAUCCUCGACUACAUCGCGUCGGGACAAGUGAAAGUGCACCGAGAAGACAUUUCGCACAUGUCCGACCACAAGAUCCAUCUCAAAAACGGCACCGAACUUCGGUCCGACGCUUUCAUCGCAAGCUCAGGUUGGGACUGGCGGCCGAAAUUCGACCUGAAGCCCGAGAGCAUGCAUGCAGAGUUCGGAGUUCCAAGCCAAAAUUACAGCCCAGAAGAAAAACAACUCUGGGAAGCGUACGAUCGCAAAGCCGAUGCCGAAAUCUUCCGUCGCUUUCCCAUGCUGAGGAAUAGAAAGUACCCGCCCGUCGCGCACGAAGAGCGGAAAGCCAACCCCCUCGACGCUCUGAGCGGCAAACAGGAAAAAUACGAGCCUCAACGCCUGUACCGCUGUAUCGCUCCCCCCGGACUCGCAGCGCGAGGCGAUCGAAGUUUGGCGUUUUCUCAACCCAACAACGUAUCGCAUGCCAUCACGGACGAAUUGGCGGGACUUUGGAUUUAUGCGUAUCUGAACGACAAGCUGAGUAUCGAUCCGCAGCGAGAUUUGGGUAUGGACGAAGUCUACUAUUCUGCUGCAUUGUACCAGCGGUGGAGCUGGAGGAGACAUCCUUAUGGUUUUGGGCAGCGGUGGGUUGAUAUGAUGUGGGAUGCUGUGCCGUAUCAUGAUGUUUUGUUGAAAGAUCUGGGCUUGACCCCGACGAGAAAGCCAGGGUGGGGUCCUCUGCGGUGGUUUAGGGAGGCGUUUGUGCCAUAUACCACGGCGGAUUACAGAGGGGUUGCUGACGAGUGGCUGGCGAAGCAGAAGAUGAAGUCGGUCUGA